AUGAAUCCCUAUGCCCCCUUCAACUCUCGGGUGGACUGGGAAGUUGCACGAUGGGCUAAAUUAUGCGGUCCAACUUCAACUGCAUUUUUGGACUUACUCACUAUCAAUGGAGUCCAUGAAAAGCUUGGUCUUUCUUACAAAAACUCAAGGGAAUUGAACAAGAUAAUCGACAAGCAGCUUCCUGGUCGCCCAAAGUUCAGGCGUGAACAAAUUGUCAUUGCAGGCGAGGCCUUCGACAUUUUCUAUAGGGACAUUAUAGAGUGUGUCAAGGCUUUGUAUGGCGACCCGGAUUUUGCAGAUUUUCUGGUCUUCUCACCAGAACACCACUAUGCAGACAAGGAACAAACUAAAAAGCUUGAUCAGUGCAAACCGGGUGCUACUAUCAUUCUGAUUAUCAUCUCAAGUGACAAGACUCAAGUGACGAUGUUCAGAAAUAAAACAGCCUACCCCAUCUACCUUACUAUCAGCAAUAUUCCUAAGGAAAUUCGCCGAAAGCCCUCUCACUGUGCCCAUAUUCUUCUCACUUAUCUUCCUACCACCUGUCUCGAGCACAUCACCAACAAGGCUUCACGAUGCCGAACCAUUGCAAACCUGUAUCACGCGUGCAUGGGCCAUAUCUUAGCACCACUGGAGGAAGCUGGUUUAGAUGGUAUUGUUAUGAAAAGUGGCAAUGGUAUCCUGCGUCAUGGUCAUCCCUUAUUUUCUUGUUUCGUUGGUGACUACCCUGAGCAAGUCUUGGCUACAGGAGUCAAAGCCACAGAAUGUCCCAAAUGCAACAUACCACCAGACAAACUUGGAAGCAUUGCUACACCUUUCAAGAUGCACAACCUUGAUGUUGUCCUCGAUGCAUUGGCUGCAAUUGACCAUGGAGAUAUCAAAUUUCAUCUCCUUGGUUGGCUGGCUGAGGCAUUUGGAGUAGCUGAAAUAGAUGCCAGAUGUCAGAGGCUCCCCCCAAAUCAUCAUAUUCAUCUAUUUACAAAAGGCAUCACUAGCCUCUCACGAAUUAGUGGUAUGGAGCAUAGCCAGAUAUGCCAUUUUCUACUUGGCAUCAUUGUUGACAUCCAACUCCCCAACCAACUUGCACUGUGUCAUCUCAUACGAGCUGUCAGAGGUUUACUUGACUUCUUGUACCUCGCGCAAUAUCCUUGCCAUAGCUCUGAAACGUUGAGUCUCCUUGUGGAAGCUCUUGAUCUUUUUCAUGACAACAAGCAGAUCUUUGUUGACCUUGGAAUACAAAACAAUUUCAAUCUCCCAAAGCUCCAUGCAGCCCGGCACUAUAUGUUGAUGAUCCAAACUUUUGGCACAACUGACAAUUAUAAUACAGAAUAUACUGAAUGCCUUCAUAUUGACUUGGCCAAAGAUGUGUAUCGUGCGACGAACCACAAAGAUGAGUUUGUCCAAAUGACUCAAUGGCUCGAACACAAAGAAAAGAUCCAUCCAAGUGUGAAAGGUGUCCCAAUUCAGAAAUUAGUCACGGAGUAUGGGGCCACAUACUUUCGCGAGGCACUUGCAAGAUAUGUUGCACAACUGCAUCCUCCACAUGAAGCCACCACUCGUCGCCGCCUUGAAGACCUUGCUGCCACAAUUCACCUUCCAUUCUGCACACUUCCCGUGUAUCACAUAGUCAAAUGGCAAUCUGUUGAUGCACAGGGACAUGGUGAUCGGUGUGUCACAGUGGAUAGCGUGCACAUCAAGCCUCGCCAUGUAGCCACCAGUCAAACAGGCACUGACGUCCCAGCACGAUUUGAUACUGUGCUUAUUAAUGAUGGGACUGGCCAUUCUGUAGGUAUUAAAGGCUACCGUGUGGGUCAGAUUUGCGUCAUAUUCUCGAUCCCGCAGAAUUCUACCCCAACGAUGUUCCCUACCACAAUCCAGCCUCCCAAACAUCUCACCUAUGUAGAGUGGUUCACUUGGUUUCCUCUUACAGCUGAUUCAAACCAUGGAAUGUUCAAAGUCAGCUGUGUUGUACAAUUGGGUGAGAGAGUUGCAAGCAUUAUACCUUUCGGACCUGUCACACCUCAUCAAUGGACAAGUAGUGAAGUCCUCAAACAAUGUAACACUUUUUUUGUUAAUUCUUAUAUUGAUCGUCAUACAUUUGUGACAAUUAGAUAG